ACCCCCUCACCCCCGCCUCACCCCCACAGGCCGGAGCGGUUCUCGUUACCGGCGGAGUCGGAUUUCUCUGCCGCUCCCCCUCAUGCCCUUGUUAUUCUUAGACCCGUCUCCACGCACGUCCGCAUCACGCGCGCACACCCGCUUCUUCCCCCUUUAGAACGUCAUUACUCCGCUGCCGAUGCUGCUGCCUCGCGGAUAUAUAUUAAAGCCGACGGGAGAAAAACACAAAAAAAUAUCGUAGGCCCCAAUCGCAUCCCCGUGCUCGCCUAGCUGCCCCCGGCGGCCUCCGGCGCGCCCUUUCGCCCCAACUCCGCCGUCUCUUACCCCCCCCCCCCCCCCCCCCCGUGGCUCGGCAGUCGAGGAGGUGCCUGGCUUGACCAUGAGGAGCCGGAGCAACUCUGGGGUCCGCCUGGACGGAUAUGCGCGUCUCGUGCAGCAGACGAUCUUGUGUCACCAGAACGCUGUCACAGGGCUGUUGCCCGCCAGCCCAGAGCAGCCGGAUGCGUGGGUGCGAGACAAUGUGUACUGCAUCCUGGCAGUGUGGGGGCUCGGUAUGGCGUACCGCAAGAACGCCGACCGAGAUGAGGACAAGGCCAAGGCCUAUGAGCUGGAGCAGAGCGUGGUGAAGCUUAUGCGAGGGCUGCUACAGUGCAUGAUGAGACAGGUGGACAAGGUGGAGAAGUUCAAGGUGACCCAGAGCGCCACGGACUGCCUGCAUGCCAAGUACAACACGGCCACGUGCAGCACGGUGGUUGGGGAUGACCAGUGGGGUCACCUGCAAGUGGACGCCACCUCCCUCUACCUACUCAUCCUCGCUCAGAUGACUGCUUCAGGACUGAGAAUUAUUUUCACACUGGAUGAAGUGGCCUUCAUACAGAACCUGGUGUUUUACAUUGAGGCAGCAUACAAAGUGGCGGAUUAUGGGAUGUGGGAGAGAGGUGACAAAACCAAUCAAGGCAUCCCUGAGCUCAAUGCCAGCUCCAUUGGCACUGCCAAGGCUGCGCUGGAGGCCAUUGACGAGUUGGAUCUGUUUGGAGCACAUGGGGGCCCCAAGUCCAUCAUCCAUGUGCUUCCUGACGAAGUCCAGCACUGCCAGUCGAUCCUGCACUCCAUGCUGCCACGGGCAUCCACGUCCAAAGAAAUUGAUGCGGGGCUGCUUUCCAUCAUCUCCUACCCCGCGUUCGCCGUCGAGGACAUAGACCUUGUGAUGAUCACCAAGGACGAGAUCACCUCCAAGUUGCAGGGCCGCUAUGGUUGUUGUCGCUUCCUCAGAGACGGACACAAAACCCCGCGAGAGGACCCAAGCCGUCUGUACUACGAGCCUGCCGAGCUCAAGCUGUUUGAGAACAUCGAGUGCGAGUGGCCAGUGUUCUGGACAUACUUCAUCAUCGACGGCGUCUUCAUGAACAACCACGAGCAGGUUGAGGAGUAUCGAGAAGCCUUGGAGGCCAUCCUCGUCCGAGGGAAGAACGGGCUGCGGUAUCUGCCGGAGCUGUACUGCGUACCCCCUGACAAGAUGGAGGAGGAGUACCGCAAGCCGCACACGGUGGACCGGGUUUCUGCUGGGAAGCUGCCGCACAUGUGGGGGCAGUCUCUGUAUAUCCUCAGCAGCCUGCUGGCAGAGGGAUUCCUGGCUCCCGGUGAAAUCGACCCUCUCAACAGACGCCUGUCGACUAUUCCCAAGCCAGAUGUCGUUGUGCAAGUGGCAGUCCUGGCCGAGACGAAUGAGAUCAAGGAGAUCCUGCAGAGCCACGGCUUCAUGGUGGAGACCACGGCAGACGUCCAUCCGAUCCGCGUGCAGCCAGCGCGCAUCCUUAGCCACAUCUAUGCCCGUCUGGGCCGCAACAAGAAGCUGAAGCUGUCUGGCCGCCCGUACCACCACAUUGGCGUCCUGGGAACAUCUAAGCUCUACGUCAUCCGCAACAACAUCUUCGCCUUCACUCCCCAGUUCAUAGAUGAGCAGCAGUUCUACCUGGCCUUGGACAGCCGCAUGAUCGUGGAAAUGCUGCGCACGGAUCUGUCGUACCUGUGUUCGCGCUGGCGCAUGACUGGGAGGCCAACUGUCACGUUCCCCGUCACGCACACCAUGCUCACGGAGAGCGGCAAGGAUGUUGACCCUGCCGUUUUGGCCACCUUGAGGAAACUCCAAGACGGCUAUUUUGCCGGAGCGAGGGUGCAGGCAGGCAGGUUGUCGGAGUUUCUGACCACCUCUUGUUACACAGCCCUGAGCUUCAUGGAUCCUGGUCCUGACGGUAAGAUGUUUGACGAUGACUCUGACGAUGUCAGCACGGUGCAACACGCAUGCAGCGGCAGUGGCCACUGGCGGCGCGGCAGCUCCUCCCGCCUGCACGCAAGCCCUGCUCCGCCAAGCUGCUGUGACUCAGACGAAACGGACGAGCACGACGAGCUGUCCGUGUAUCUACGUCACCUCAUCGACAGCUCGGGGCCCAAGUCGCGCCUGCCGCCCACGGCCGGCGGCAAGGCCGGGCCGCAGAGGUUCCGCGCCGCCGCACACACGAUGCGUGACAUCGUCAGCCUGGUGACGCACGCCCGCGGCCUCGACGUGCCCAAUGUGUCGAUGUACCUGCCCACGAACGUGCUUGUUGGACCCAGAGCAACGCCAAACCUUGUGGAAGCUCCUCCACCGGCACAGGAUGAGAAGGAGGCCCUGCACCACGUGCGAGGCUCCAUUGAGAUGCCGCGCGACGCGCACGGCAGCAUCGACGUGCAGGCGCUCGUGGAACAGCUCAAGGAGUGCCCCAGCCUGCACGACCAAGUGGACAUCCUCUACAUCCUCUUCGUGGUCAAGGGUGCUGAAUGGGACACGCGCAUCUCGGGCCACGACGGCACCACCGUGCGGGACCUGCUGAGCGAGGUCUAUCGCAAGGCUGGAGCCAGCCAGCAGUGGGCGCUCAUCCGGUACAUCUCGGGCAUGUUGCGCAAGAAGGUGGAGGUCCUCGCAGAGGCCGCGACAGACCUGCUGUCUCAUCAGAAGCAGCUGACGGUCGGACUCCCUCCUGAGCCUCGGGAGAAGACAAUCACGACGCCUCUCCCUCCCGAUGAAUUCACAAAACUGAUAUACGAGGCGUGUGGUCAAGACAUAAGCAUUGCCGUCCUCACCCAGGAGAUCAUCGUGUACCUGGCGAUGUACGUGCGGACUCAGCCCAGCCUCUUUGUGGAAAUGCUUCGGCUGAGGAUCGGCCUCAUCAUCCAGGUCAUGGCCACGGAGCUCGCUCGCAGCCUCAAGUGCUCCGGAGAGGAGGCCUCCGAGAGCCUCAUGAACCUCAGCCCGUCCGACAUGAAGAAUCUCCUGCACCACAUCCUGAGUGGCAAGGAGUUUGGCGUAGAACGCAGCGUGCGCUCAGUGCAGUCGUCGGCCGUCUCCAGCCCGGGCAUCUCCAUCCGAGGGGUGGACCACACGGGCGCCACCAAGACUGAGCGUGCUGGCAUCAGCAAGCUGAAGAGCCAGAUGAAGCAGUCCGCUUGGUUUGGUCAGUCGUUUGCCGGUGGUGAUGCCUACUCCCCCCAAUCGACGCACGCGAGCACGCCGUCGAGCCCCACGGCGACGGGAGAGACGUCGCCGCUGGGCGCCGUGCUGGAGCAGCCGGCUUGGUAUGACCGCCAGGGCCAGUGGCUGCGGCGCCGGCGUCUCGACGGCGCGCUCAACCGCGUGCCCAUCGGCUUCUACCAGAAGGUCUGGAUGGUCCUGGAGAAGUGUCACGGUCUGUCCAUUGAUGGAUUUGUGCUGCCUUCCUCUGCUACAAGAGAGAUGACGCCGGGAGAGCUGAAGUUUGCGGUGCACGUGGAGUCGGUGCUGAACCGCGUGCCGCAGCCCGAGUACCGGCAGCUGCUGGUGGAGGCCAUCAUGGUGCUCACACUGCUCAGCGACAUGGAUAUCCACACGCUGGGUGGGAUUAUCCACAUCGACCGCAUCGUGCACAUCGCCAACGAGUUCUUCAUCAGUGACCAGAGGUCGCUGGGUGCCGACGACAACAUGCUGGCCAUGGACCCGAACACGAAGAUCUGCCACCUGCUGUACGACAGCGCUCCGAGCGGGCGCUAUGGCAGCAUGACGUACUUGUCCAAGGCGGUGGCGACAUACGUGCAGGACUUCCUGCCCAGCGCUGGCUGCUUCGUGCAGUGACAAGUGCCGCCACGCCCCCCUCCCCCCGACACCUCGGCCGCAGUCGUAACGUUGAGCUCCUUAGGUUUGUUUUUCGUCGAGUGAAAAAAUGCGUUGCUUGCUGUUUAAGCAUUUCAUUUGCAGAUUUCAUAAUUUAUUGUUACUUUCGUUUUUUUUUAUUGACGGUGACAUCCGAAACGGUACGUUUGUCACACCACGCACGGUCGAAUUAACAUUACGCAUGGGUGCGCUGACCACAAACAGCAGGAAGGCACGACAAACCAUCACGCCUUGCACACUUGUCAUACGACCGCCACAUUGUACGCGCAAUUCUGACGGCCUUGUCUUAGCUUCUUCGGCGCGAGCCGCAUGCACGAGCUGUGUGUGGAUGAGAGUCGUGUGCCGCCUUCCUGCCAUUUGUGAGCAUCACCGGAACCUUUGCGAGUUGCUUUUUAUGUUCGUUCUCCAGCCUACAUGUACUGAUGGGUUUUCUCAUAAUUUACAGUGUUGGAUUUCAACCUACGGUGCAAGGGCAGAGCAAUGCCACCUCAUGAUACAUGCUGCAAUGUCCAUUGAGACUAUUGCAUUUGUGAAUGUUAUAUCUACAGGUAUAGCAAAUCCCAGUAACAUUGAGCAACCUAACCCUAGGCAAGUGUAAUGAUACAUUGAUAAGAUUGUGUGUGUGUAAGAAUUAAUUAUUAAAGUAAUAUGCAAACUCCGUGCAAUCGUACCAUUAAGACGAAUGGAACGGACAAGACAAAACAAAAUGUGAACGUCGUACAAAGUCCCCUCUUUUGUAUGACAAAAGAGUUGACUUUCGAGUCAGUGGGAAUUUCAUUGAACCACAUGGGGAGUGAAUAUUCACAAUCCUGGACAAGGAUGCGUGGGAGGCAUUGCUCGACUCUCAUGAGUGCAGGCAGCAAGGGGUCAUCGUUUCAGGAGUGUUUGAUUUGUAAGCUAAAUAGACGUGUGCAGGUUUUGAUGUCAAAAGGGCCUGGAAAAGGUACAUGUGUUUCCUGUGUUAUUGUAGCUUUCCUUUGUUGCAUAUAUAUAUCAUUUCUAUCUUAUGUGUAACAUAACGAUUAUUUGUUGGUGACUAUGUGCCCCUCCUGUUGUGUAAAAAAGCAAGGUUCUCUGGGGUGAUGUGUGAUUUGUGUUUCUGCUCACCUGUUGCCCCGAAAACCAUGCAUGCGCACGUGCACUGCAUGCGAUGUCCGAGUGGAAAUUGACAAAUUAUUUGCUCAACUUUUUACUCACCACUUGCACUUUCCUGUCUCACGGUCGAAGUACCGAGACUGCGAGUUGCACUGCUGGAGUUAUGGGUCGAUGGAGUGUACACAAACGCUAAUAAAAAAUAUAUAUCUUUUGCGCAUCGCCAUUCAUGUGGAGGAGUGGUAGCUCAGUGAUUCAUGUGCCGUUUUGCAGUCUCGGGGAAUCAGGUUAAAUUCCCUCCGGUAAUCUCGUCAAUAUGUUACCUCGCCUACACCUUCCACAGUUUGACUGUUAAACGAGUACCUGGUGCGCAUUGCUGUGGCUUCGUUCUCAACACAGAGAAGAAUCGGGUUGCUCGGCAUGCCGCAGUAUGAGCUCCACCUCCUAUUUGAGGGUGCCACUGGGCGUUAUUGUUUUUUUUGCCUUCGCUUGUCCUGAAUGUUUGACGCUGAGUGAAGGCUCUUUUGGUGUUUUCUGUAUGCGUAUUGUGUGCAAAGGUUUCGGCACACUCACUUCGGACGUGCUUGAUAUCGUCAGUGACUGGAGCACGUCAGUGUAAUAGGCCACAGGGCUUAUGGAAAUGGUCAUUGCUAUGUGCCAAUUCUGCAGUCGCAUCCAAACAUAAACUGGACCUUUCUCUAGCUCCGUGUUCAAAUCGCAGCACUAAAUACUGUAACGAGUUGGAACUAGAGGGAGUUCAUAUUCAUUUUGUUCACUAAUUACUACAUCAUAUAGGCCUGGUUCCAGCGCCUCAUAUUUAUAACAAUGACUUUCCGCUAAGAAGGGUGAACUUGGAUGAGUGGAAGGUAUAUUUGGUGGUGCAGCACACCCACGAGUGCCAGCCCCAUGUUGCUACAGGCUUUGAUUGUAUGCGUACAAAUGUUACAUGUCUUGGCAAUGAUUUCCCAUGGGCUGGGCUUGUUUAUACAUUUGCUGCAGUUUAAAUUCUUGAAUACGUCUGAUAAUGUAGCUGACAGUGGUGCUAUGUUCAUCGACUAAAAAUAAGUUUAAACAUCUUGACUUAAAGCUUUCGUGACCGCAGAAAUUCGUAUUUUUUGGAUCUUUAGGUAAAGUCACGUAGAUAGGUUCCAAUUAAUAAAAAUAAUAUAAACAAAAAACUACGACGUUUCGAUCGCAACACAAGCGGUCGUCAUCAAGUGCCUGAUGACGGCCCAAAGAAUAAGUUUAAACAUUUGUAAUUCUGUAACUUGUUAAAUUGAAUACAUCAUAUUCUACAACUAAUUUAACCAUUACAAAACAGCCAAUGGAACAAUAUCGAAAGGGGGGAAUUGUCCUUAAAGAUAUUUGUGACUAAAAUGUGUAAAUUAGUUCUGGGGUUAGUGUCUGGCGCAGAUGUUGAGGUGCUACGCUAUGAGCCCCUGCAAUUUUGAUCGAUUUACAGACACCAUGAGUAUGACAUUUAAACUGAAUGACAUUUAAACUCAAUCUGCCACCCCACCUUUACCACCCCACACGUACCAACAUGGUGACGUAUGAUAAACAAAACAAAAUCCCAUUGUCAACAAGUCAUGGGGAGGCGUUAACUAAGCAAUUUAUUGGCAAAAAAAACCAAAAUAUACAACUUUCAGUGAAAUUAAUGAGAAGCGUUUCAGUUUUCCAACGAUUGUGAUUGUAAAAAAAUGUAGUUAUGCUGGACGAUGAAUGAUGCGGAGAGAGAGAGCACUUUUGAAGGUUACGACGGGGUUGUUUUUAAGCACUUAAGAGACGUGGUAGAGACAUGCUAGUCUUCGUUCAGCUGCGUGAGUUGGCCCUAUUUGUAGUUUAAUAGAUGGCGCUGUUAAAGCAUGUGGAUGCAAGUCGAUGCAGUUUGCCGUGAUUAUAAUCAUUACAUUCAUAUAGCGCGUUUCAUCAAGGAUCUCAAAAGUGCUGUACACAGGACACAGCAGAAGCAGACAGCAUAAUAUAAAUACAUUUAACUAACAAAUGUAAUACGAUUUAUGCUGUCACUUGUUUCAUUCGCUGAGUCUGACUUCGUUCAAACAUUGCAACUCGCUCGCAUUAUUCGUGUUCCUUUAUCACGUUUGCAUGUGCACGUUGGCGCAAAUUAUUUUCUCUCCACAUUUCAAAAAGCAUGCACGAGGUGACACGUAAACCGGGGCAUCCCCUCUGCACAGCGCCCUCUUAUCCCUUAACAAUGUAUUGAGUUGCGCCGCCUCGUUUGGGGAUGGAAGUGCCCUCCUGGGGCUUUGCAAAUAAAAAAAAACACGCAGAUAUUUACAGUACAUGACCGAAUUGAGUCUACAACCAAAUUGGUUGAUGUUUAACACAGUAGUAGUAGGCUUUCGCGACCAAUAUGCAGAAGAGGUCGUUGGGUUAUAUCGCGUAGAUGUAAAUGUUAAACCCGCCACCGUCCCGAAACAGCGAAAUUGGUAAGGUUUUUUUCACGGAAACAACACAUGCAAAUUCGUUACGAGUGUAAACCCACAACAUUUACAAUUCGAGUACGACGUUUCGCCAGUAAUUACAACUUGCAUCAUCAGGCGACAGCCAUAGUUGUGGGGAAAUCCUGUUUCGGUCUUAAAUAGAGACAUAGGUGCGAUGUUUUCACUCGAGCCAAUCAGAUGCCGGGGGAGGGGGGGGGUAAUGUGUUCAUAUAAAUUACAAUGGACCAGUUACAGGUUGGGUUAUUCAUGUGCAUGCGCAAUGCACAUAUAUUAUGCAUGCACACCAUGCAUGCGCAUCCUGGGGUUGAUGUUGCUGGUGUCAAACCGAAUGACUUGUGGCAAUCACCCCCACCCCACCUCUGCCCUCUAUGGCAAACGAUCUCAUCACCAGCACAACGCUGCUGUUGCUUCGUGUGAUCCAAGAUUUUCAUAACUCUCCAAGACCAGAAAAAGCGCAUGGAAGCCGCUGGGCAAAUCUAUGUUUAUUCAAAGCGAGUGAUAAUGACAAACUGUUUUACUUUUGCCUGUACACAACUCACUCCCUGUGAUGUAUUGUUUUCCUUGACCUGCAAUUUUUCUCCAAUUAAAACAUUUCCUUGCUGACA